GGGUACUUGCUUUUCUUAUGGUGGAUGAGAGCCCAUCGAAUAGCUUCUCUUUCAACGCGGUCGCGAUUCGGCUUCUCUUUCGUUGCCCUUUCAUCGCCUCAUUUGUCUUCUUCUCUCUCUAGAAGCACUCGUCGCCGCUUUCCGUUUUGUCUACACGAUUCUCUCCGAUUAUAUACAUCGGUAAGCCCUUCGAUUUCUGAAUUCUCACACGCGAAAGCGAGAGAAGGAGGAAGAGAUCACACGCCGUCUUUUUUUUUUGUUUUUUUGAAAUUUGUUCGUAGGGUUUUCUAACCGUUUCUUCUCGAUUUUGAUUUGAUUUAAACUGUAUUCUUUUGUUGAGGAAUAGAGAAGAGGGGAUUUGAUUGGUCGUGUUUUUGGUUUCGAUGCUGUAUCAGAUCUGUGUUUGAAUCUCGAUACUUCUCAAAAAAAAAAAAGGGAAAGUAGUUUUUCUUUGUGAAAUUAGGGGUUUUCAAGUGAUUUGGAGAAAUUGACUAUUUGUUCGGUGAUAAGUUGGGUCUAGGAAAUCAGGGUUAGGGUUUUGUUCAAAAACCCAAUUUAGGCGAGUUUGGUACGUGUGUUAGGGUUUCAUUUCCAUACAUAAGGAGACUCGUACCUAGAUUUAUGGCUGCUGGAAGACAUGGGGGUUACAGAGACAAUGAAUUCAGAGACCGCGAGGCUGAUUUCUUGAUUUCUAGAAAGGAAAUUGGUUAUUCCACUCGAAUUAGGAAAGGGGAUCUGGAGUACGAGAGGGGUCAGGGUCAGGGUCGAGAGAGUCUUGAUUAUAGAAGUAGGGUCAGACAGAAGGAUGUCAGGGAAAGGGAGGCGAUGAAUGGUGGACAUCGCGCUACUUCUAGUCGGAGUCAUUCGGGAAGUAGUGGCGGUGCACCCCGGAGGUGUGGGUUUGUGGUCCGCCCCAUGGAUCGAGAGCCUGGGGAGCUGUCUAGUGAUGGGUCUGAUGGGGCUAUGGAUUCAGAAAGUCAAGUUAAUAAAGAGGCUGAAGUUAAGAUGUUGGGAAAUGGGGGUCAGUCGUCUCCUGUGCAGAACAAAAAACGGAAGUUUUCACCAAUUAUUUGGGAUAGAGAUGAUAGGGAGGUAAGUCGAACAGUAAAAAAGAAUGCCUUGGAAAGUAGCAAUCUGCCACCACCGCCUCCUUUGAUCGAGACUUAUCCUGAAUUGCCUAAUUCUAAGUCUAUUCCGGAUGCUAAUAUACCUACUGCUCAGGAUGAUGAUAGUGAGGUUCAUAUUUCUGAAACAUCACCAUCUAAAAUUGAUUUGUUACCUGGUUUGUCAGAAUUUCCUGUUGAAACAUCAUCUCUGCUGCCUCAAGAAGAACAACCCUGGGGUGAUAACCAGGGAACACGGGUUAUUGACGAUGAUGAUUACUUGCCAGCAAGAACUAUAAUAUCUUCUCGCUGGGCGAAUGAUGCUGACUCUCCAGCUGACGAGGGUGAGAUUUCUGAUUAUGAAGACAAGCUGAAAUUAAAGAGGAAGCCUGGUUCUGAGUCAGCUGAGCUAAGGGGACGUAGGAAAUCAAUAAGUCCAGAGCUUGGGGAGGUCAAACGAGAAGGUUCUGAAGGAACUAGGGGCAGGUCCUCUGGAUCCGAUGAACGAGUUAGGUCUUCCAGUAGAGAUAGUUACCAUGACAAUGAUGAUCAGAAUGAGUACAUGGAGAUAGAUGAUAAUAAUAAUUAUAAUGGUAGUACUUCUAGCCAGUCUGACACAGAGUCUGAAGAUGAUCGUGGUUCUAGUGGUACACCAGAGCCAGCCCACCCUCCACAGAGGAGUGUCAAUAUGCUUCAGGGUUGCCGAAGUGUUGAUGAGUUUGAGAGACUGAAUAAAAUAGAUGAAGGCACUUAUGGAGUUGUUUAUCGAGCCAGGGAUAAGAAGACUGGAGAAAUUGUUGCUCUGAAAAAGGUCAAGAUGGAGAAAGAGAGAGAAGGAUUUCCUCUGACUUCUCUCCGAGAAAUAAACAUUCUUCUCUCUUUUCACCACCCCUCCAUUGUGGAUGUUAAAGAAGUAGUUGUGGGAAGCAGUCUUGAUAGCAUUUUUAUGGUCAUGGAGUACAUGGAACAUGAUCUUAAAGGAUUGAUGGAGACAAUGAAACAGCCUUUUAGUCAGAGUGAAGUUAAAUGUCUCAUGCUCCAGCUCUUAGGGGGGAUCAAGUAUCUUCAUGAUAACUGGGUGCUGCACCGAGAUCUGAAAACUUCAAAUUUGCUUUUAAAUAACCGGGGUGAGUUGAAGAUCUGUGACUUUGGUCUGGCUCGUCAAUAUGGAAGCCCUUUGAAACCAUAUACUCACUUGGUGGUUACUCUUUGGUAUAGGGCACCAGAACUUCUUUUGGGAGCCAAACAGUAUUCUACAGCAAUUGAUAUGUGGUCACUAGGGUGCAUUAUGGCUGAGCUAUUAUCAAAAGAACCAUUGUUCAACGGGAAGACAGAGGUUGAUCAGCUUGACAAGAUAUUCAAGAUUCUUGGCACUCCAAAUGAGACAAUUUGGCCUGGCCUUUCUAAGCUUCCUGGGGCCAAGGUGAACUUUGUCAAGCAUAAGUACAACCUAUUGCGUAAGAAAUUCCCUGCAACAUCUUUUACUGGGUCACCUGUACUUUCUGAUGCUGGAUUUGAUCUUUUAAACAAGCUUCUGACUUAUGACCCUGAGAAGCGGAUAACUGCUGAAGCAGCUCUCAACCAUGAAUGGUUCCGGGAAGUUCCGCUACCCAAGUCUAAGGAGUUUAUGCCAACUUUUCCUGCUCAGCAUGCGCAGGAUAGGCGUAUGAGAAGAGUAAUGAAGAGCCCUGACCCAUUAGAAGAGCAAAGGAGGAAGGAACUGCAACAGGGAGAACUAGGCACUGCUGGUUUGUUUGGCCAAUAGCAUCCCAAGUCUUCUAUUCUUAUUUUCAGUUCUUCAAUAUCAUAAACAAACGUGAUUGAGGUGAGAGCUAUGGGCAGAAAGGAGGUUGCAGGCAUCGUUUAUGAGGCUAUCACGAGUGCUGUUUUUUAUCAGGCACAUCUGAUGAAUCAUGUGGUCAAUUUCUGGGUUGUACUUGUGAAUCAGAUAUAGUGCAGGUUGAAUUUUCUUCUUGGUGCUUUGCUGGAUGUAGGGAUGCAUCUUUUCAAGCUUCUUACCUGAAAGGUGUGGUCGCUCAAGGCAUUUCCUAUAUGGAACUGUUUCUGGUUAAUCUCGUACAUGUAUCAUAUUUUAUAUUGGUUCCUGUAAACAAUUUUCUUGAAAUUGAUUUUGAAUAUCACAACAGUAUGGUUUACUUUAUGCUCUAGUGCUAUCAGUUUUAAUUCUUAUAUUGUGUUUGCAAGAGAUGGUGAUGUAAAGUGGAGGGGACAUUCUUAGCUUUUCAUCGCAGAAGAAUUUGACAGGAAGUAUAGCACUCUGGAGUAUCCAAGCAAGCAGGUUGAGGAGCUCACUUACACACCUUGGCCCUCAUAGAAAACCCAAAUUAAUUUCCCGUUCUACAUUUUUGUCUCCUGAAGCUCUAGAGGGUCACUUCAAACAUCUCUUAUUGGAUCCAACAACGAUAUUGUUGACCUGAAAUGAGAUCCAAUGUUAAAAAAUGAGAAAAUUUGGAGGGAUAUGCUUAAGUGGGAGGCUGUUUGCUGCCUUAUCCUGCUUGACAGGUCAUUCUGUAGUGGGGGAAGUUUUCUUGGUGCAAUGAGCUUGUGAUAAGGUUUUGCAAUGCGCAUACUAGCUUAAGGUACAAUAACGACCACAUGUACGAUUGCAUUUAAUAGGAGUCUCUUUGUUGGUAGAUUGGUAGGACUUUUCCUGACUACUAUCCUCGAUCUGGUUCUACUCCCUGCUCAGCAGGUAGUUGUUCAUCAUCAUUUAUUCAUGCACAAUUUAUUGAAAAAGAUGGACUGAAUUUGUCAAUCUGUCCUAGAUGCACACAUAAGAAUGAUCAGAAAAUUUUGGUGACAUUUUCUGUGGAGAGUGCUGCGGAUUGCUUCUCUGGGUGACCGGGAGACAGACGAAGUUGCUCAAAAUCUGGGAAGUUGAACUCGUUGUCACCUAAUUGGGAGACCUCGUGAACAAUAUUUUUAUCUAUUGAUUUUGCUUAUUUAGGUGAAGGUGAAUGAUGGAUUCAUCAGUCACGAGGAAAGGAGGUGGAAAGAGCUACAGAAAUGGAGCACUGUUGUGUUUGUGCUUGAACCAAAAGAGGCAGCCAUUCUGGGUAUUCAGUUGGCUAAUAGUUGAGCAUGACAACACCGUAAACCUGGGGGUGAAUGUCUUUUUCAUGUAGUCAUAGGAAGGAUUGAAUACAUAGAUUCUGUGUCAAACUGAUGUUUAGUGGAGUUGUUUAAACAUCUCGUUUCUUGUAAGAGACCCUGUUGUUAACACCCCUUAUCGGCACGAACCAUGCCAUCUCUGCCAGCUUAAUCAUGAUAGAAAUUCUUUCAAGCUGUGUAGAUGUAACGCUG